AUGCAUAAUCAUGUUGAACCCAGUUUUUUUAAAAAGGUUACCCAACAAGAAUCCUAUCCCCUUUUAAAAGUUAAAGAAGAAAAUGCCUUUUUUAAUUUACCAAAAAAUAUAUAUACUGCAGAACAAGAAAUUAUCAAUUUGAAUGAAGAGAAUGUAGUUGAAAUUGAUGAUAGUGAUAAAGAUCAGGACCUAACUUUAUUUAAACAAUGCAGGCAUGAAAUUUUUGAAUUAUUUAAUUCAGCAAAAAGGAUACUUGAAGAAAAUAAAACAAACCCGAAUGGAAAUAAGUGGCUUGAUAGUAUUGAUAAGAACUUUGAGCCAAUGCGUAAAUUUGUUGAAGACUUUAUUCUCACAAAUUCUUGGACAACAAAAAAUAUAACUGAAAUACGAUUAAGAAGUUGA